AUGUCAAAACCGGAUUCCCUUUUGAAGAGUUUAUGGGAUAUUCCUGGUCAAUUCACUCCACCACAACUCUGGCAAUACUUCAUCGAUCUCCAGGAGCAGACGUUCGAGAGCUAUUUGGCCUUGGUGCAUGCUCGAUUCUCCACCAACACCUACCCCUCCUGGGAAAGGGCCCAUCCCUUGAGAUACUUAGCACAUAACGGAGAGAUCAAUACAUUGAGAGGGAAUGUAAACCUAAUGCGCGCUCGAGAGGGCGUUAUGAAGAGUCAAAAGUUUGGCAAAGACUUGUCUAAACUGUAUCCCGUGGUUGAGGCCGAUAUGUCUGAUUCCGGAUCCGUCGACAAUGUGCUGGAAUUCCUGGUGAAUGCCGGCGGUCGGUCUCUGCCAGAAGCCGUGAUGACGAUGGUGCCCGAGGCCUGGCAAAAUGACCCCCUCAUGAAUGCCGACAAAAAACUAUUCUAUCAGUGGUCGGGCUGUGCAAUGGAGCCCUGGGACGGACCCGCACUCCUCACCUUCACUGAUGGCCGAUAUAUUGGCGCUAUUCUGGACAGAAACGGGUUGAGACCGUCGAGAUAUUAUCACACUCUUGAUGGCUACGUCAUAAUGGCAUCGGAAGUCGGAGUGGUGGACGUACCCAAUGAUAAUAUCUUGCAAAAG